AUGCUGGUGACCUAUUUGGAAGCCAGCCGGGACUUUUGCGAGACGGACUCAAUUCGUUUUGGCGCCGCGCUGGCAGUCUGCCGUAUCAUAGGCUCCAAGGUAUCCACGGCUGGACGCGCUACUGGCCAUAGUAGCGCUAUCCCAGCAUGGAGAAGAAGAAUUGAGGAACGUAUCGCAAAGGCUAGAACUCUCAUCGGCAGACUGAUAUGCUUCAAAUCAGGCAAUAACAGGUCAAGAAUUGUGCGCACCGUCAGGAUGGCGUUUGCUUUGUCCCAGCCGGAUAUAACGCAAAAACUGACGGAGCGCAUAGAUGAUCUGAAGCAAAGAAUCGCUGUUAGGGGAAAGCGGAUUCGGCGAUAUACCGAGAGGUCGACGCGGUUCAACCAGAAUCGUCUCUUCCAGAGUGAUCAGAAGAGGCUCUAUGCAUCAUUGGAGCGACCAGUAGUAAGUGGAACGGGCCCAGCACCGAAUCAGGCUGACACUGUUGCAUUCUGGCGCGGCCUGUGGUCAGAGCCCGUAAGCCACAGCGAGGGCUCUUGGACGGAAGUUGUGGUGAGUCAGUGUGCGGGUAUUACGCCCAUGGACCCCGUCAUCAUAACACCGGAUGACGUAGCUGAGGCGGUCCGUAGGGCCCCAAAUUGGAAAAGUCCGGGGCUUGACGGGCUGCAUCACUACUAG